UCAUCUCCUGCUGUAAGGGAUGGACCCCCCCCCCAUCCCGCCCCCUGUGCUGUGAAGCUCUUUUAUUAAACACUUUAUUUUCUAAUCACCGCCUCUGUCCCGCGCUGUGCCGCUCAUCUCUGCCACCUCUGGGCUGCUCCCUGGUAACGGGCUCAGCUGCUGCACUGCGCACCCGGAGGGACUCUGGGGCCGGAGGGGUGGGGAGGAACCAAGGCUGACCUAUGCAACGCUUCUCCCCGCACCCAUGGGUGCUGCUGCCCCACCUGCUCUGGGACGGGCAGAUGGGUGGCACCAGGUAUGGGGAGGGGAUUGCGUAUGCCCAUUCCAGUGACGCACAAGGAUGGCUCUGGUGCGGCUCUGUGGGAAGACCCGCUCCCCGUGGCGCCGUGCACUGCAGAAGUGGGGUUUGCUGACGGCGGGGGCCCUGGGGCUGUGCUACCUGCUGUCCCCCACCACGUCCCCGUGGCCUCGCGCCGUCCCCAGCCCCGCGCCCGCCUCCAGCGCGCCCCCCCCCCCCCCCCCGGCUCUGCCCAGCAUCCCCCCGUGCGUGGCCAACGCGUCGGUGCGGAACAUCUCUGGCUUCGCCGAACUGCCCGAGCAAUCCCGGGACUUCAUGAGCUACCGGCACUGCCGCGCCUUCCCGCAGCUCCUCGACGUCCCCGGCAAAUGCGGGGGUCCCUCGAGCUCCUCCGACGUUUUCCUCCUCCUGGCCAUCAAAUCCUCCCCGGCCAACUACGAGCGGCGCGAGGCGAUCCGCAAGACGUGGGGUCAGCAGAGAACCUUGGAAGGGGCGCAGAUCCGGAGGGUGUUCCUGGUGGGGGUGGCCCCCGAGGCGCGGGACGCGGCCAAGCUGAACCGGCUGCUGUGGCACGAGCAGCGCGAGCACCACGACGUGCUGCAGUGGGAGUUCAGGGACACUUUCUUCAACCUGACGCUGAAGCUGCUGCUGUUCCACACCUGGCUGCAGGAGCGCUGCCCCGGGGCGCGCUUCGUCUUCAACGGGGACGACGACGUCUUCGUCAACACGGACAACGUGGUGUCCUUCGCGCGGGGCGUCCCCAGCGAGCGGCACUUGCUGGUGGGGCAGGUGCUGGCUAACACGGGGCCCAUCCGCAACCCGGCCAGCAAAUACUUCGUGCCGAGGCAGCUGAUGCCGACGGAGCUGUACCCGCCGUACUGCAGCGGCGGGGGGGUGCUGAUGUCCGCCUUCACCGUGCGCGCCAUCCACCGCGUGGCCCAGCACCUCGCGCUCUUCCCCAUCGACGACGUCUACCUGGGGAUGUGCCUGGAGAAAGCCGGGCUGGCGCCCACCUCCCACGACGGCAUCCGGCCCUGGGGCAUCUACGUGCCCCCCCGCGCCGACCCCAUGGACCCCUGCUACUACCGGGAGCUGCUGCUGGUGCACCGCUUCGCGCCCUACGAGAUGGCCGCGAUGUGGCACGCCAUCCGCCAGCCCCGGCUGCGCUGCGGGAGGGAGGUGCGCGUCUUUUAGGAUGGACCGGGAGGGACGGUGACGGUGCUGCUGCUCGAGGGGGUGUGGGACGCUGCUGUGGGGCUGAGCCCCAGCUCCAGACCGUGGCUGAACCGCGGAGGUUCUGCCCGGCUCUGCCCCGGAACUGUUCAUCUUGCAGCCAGGUGCCUCUUGGCACCCGGGGGCAAUAAAGGAACAUGUUUCGGAGAUGAGAGCUCCGCGCCUGCACGGGGGGGCUCGGGAGGGGGCAGGGUCUCAGGGUCCCCCCGCCGCCCUCCCCUUGUCCCCUGUGUCCACUCAUCCAUUGUGGGUGGGCACAGACUUGAGGUCUCUGCUCUGUCCCCAGCCCCACAAGCACUAGAGGGGGACCCCAUGUCCCCCCCAACCCCGCUGCCCCUCGGCUGCCCUCCUAUUGAUGUCCACAGGGGUGUCCAGUGGCUCAUAGGAGGGCUGAAUUCACUGCUGCGUUUCCUCUUGGGGGACAUGGCUGCACAUCCCAUCUCCUUAUGCCCACCCCCCCCCCACCACGGGUUCCCCUCCUUUCACUCCAGCUGCCAAAUCCCACCAACAUUUACUCGAAAUCGGUCAAACUUGGUUACAAAAAAGGCAGGGGGGGGAUGAGAGGGGAGUCACAGCAGCGCAACCACAGUGGUUAAAGCGCAUUGAAGCAUUGCUGCGUCCGUCGGUCUGUCGGUCACGCUCUUGUGCUGGGGGGUCUAGGGGCUCCGGUUUGGGGGGGGGCUGGCUCCAGGCACCCCC